AUGGAUAUUGUAUUGGAAGUUUGUGAUUAUUAUUUGUUUGAUAAAUUAUAUUCAACAAUUUUACCAAAAGAUGGAACUAUAGAUCAAUUUAUAAAAAAUUCACCAAUAAUAAAUCAAAUUUCAUCUUCAAUAUCAUUACCAAAAUCUCCAAUAAUAAAUAAUUAUCAAAAUAUAUAUAAUGCUACAAGUUCUAUUAACUUUAAUACAACCGAUAUAAAUGCUUCAAAUUUAUAUACAUAUUUAUUAACUAAAAUUACAAAUUAUCAGAAUAAAUCAGAUAUUUAUGGAUUAAAACCAAAUUUAUUACCAGCUGGAGAUUUCUUUGAUGGGUCCUUACUAGCAAGAUCAAAUUUAUUUAGAGAAGCUUUAAGUAUACUUGUGGUUACUACACUUUUUGGUUGGAUCUUAUAUUUUAUCACAGCUUAUUUAAGUUAUGUAUAUGUUUUUGAUAAAAAAAUAUUCAAUCAUCCAAGAUAUUUAAAAAAUCAAAUGUCAUUGGAGAUAGAAAGAGCAGUUACAGCAAUACCUAUAAUGGUUGCUUUAACCAAUCCUUUUUUUUUAUUAGAAUUAAAUGGAUAUUCAAGAUUAUAUAUGAAUAUUAAUGAUUCAACUGGUGGUUGGAAAUUUUUAUUUGCACAAAUUCCAAUGUUUAUUUUAUUUACUGAUUGUUUAAUUUAUUUUAUUCAUAGAUGGUUACAUUGGCCAUCAGUUUAUAAAAGAUUACAUAAACCUCAUCAUAAAUGGAUUGUUUGUACUCCAUUUGCAUCACAUGCUUUCCAUCCAGUUGAUGGUUGGGCUCAAAGUUUACCUUAUCAUUUAUAUCCAUUAUUUUUCCCAUUACAUAAAGUAUUAUAUUUAUUUUUAUUUACAUUUGUUAAUUUUUGGACUGUAAUGAUUCAUGAUGGUAAUUAUAUGAGUAAUGAUCCUGUAGUAAAUGGUACAGCAUGUCAUACUAUACAUCAUUUAUAUUUUAAUUAUAAUUAUGGACAAUUUACUACAUUAUGGGAUAGAAUUGGUAAUUCUUAUAGAAGACCUGAUGAUUCAUUAUUUGUUAAAAAUAAUGAUGAUGUAGAUACUAAAAAAAUAUGGAAAAAUCAAGUUGUACAAAUGGAAGAAAUUAGAAAUGAAUUAGAAGGAAAAGUUGAUGAUAGAGAAUAUAUUGAAGAUUAA